AUGGAGAGCCACAACGAGAAGGAUAAAGGUGAGGACGACGAUGCGGAUUUUGAAGAUGUUGCAAAUCCCGAGCCCACGAUUCACAACGUCGAGCUAAAGUUGAACGAGGAUAAGAUGAUAAAGACGAAGAUUUGCGUUUUGAAGACAUCAAGGACUGAGAUAGACACACAGAGAGCAGAGAACUCUCAGCGAUCAUCUAAAAUGGCCAAGAUAUCAUUUGCUAAGCUCAUGUAUUAG